AUGCGUAGUUUGCGCUCUACACUGAUCAUGACUGCACUUUGCCCUCGACAUGUACCGCGAGUGGUCCAUGACCAGCAACGUCACAGAAGCGCAAGGUUGGUCCAGCGCAGCGGGUGCUUCGCAGGUGCCGUUGGCGUCACCCUCAUCACCCGGUCCUUUACCUUCGGCUCCCUGUGUGUGCAAGGGCGUGGGUUUCGACGCAUUCGCCGGUUGGGUCAGCGUGCGGCAGCAGCUCCACGAUUGGAAGAGUUGGAAGUGCUGGCCAACGAGAUUCGCAUCUCUCGCGAUAUGGGUCCAGCACAGGAGAACUUGGAGGACUUGGCUUAUUAUGCUUUCCCUUCAUGCUACACCAGAGGUGAUGGAAGCCAAAGGGGCUUCUGCAACUGGCUUUUGCGAGACGUGUUAAUGGUUGGAAGAUACCCAUACUGUGAUCCCUUGGGUGACUUCCCGAGCAAGGAGGAGGGUCGGCGACAUUUGAAGAAGAUGCUCGACGUGGGCAUAACAGCUUUCGUGUGCAUGCAAGCUGAGAUCCCAUCUCCUGCGCCAGAAAACCUGAAAGCAUGGCCAUGGGAAGGCGUGUCACUUCAGGAGUUCGACAUGCCUCGGCGGUUCUUGCCUUAUGGUCCGGUUGUGAAAGAGGAGGCCGCGUCUAUGGGCUUGGAGAUUCCUCGAUUCCUGCACUGCCCGGUGCCAGACAUGCACGUUCCCAAGGAGGAGCAGCUGAUGAGGCUUCUUCGGGACUGUCUGAUCGAGCUGCAGAACGGAGGGCGUCUUUACAUUCACUGUUGGGGCGGUCUCGGCCGCGCAGCAGUGACCAGCGCCUGCCUGCUUGCCUUGCUGAGGCCAGAGCUUGGUCCCAAUGAGGUGCUGCUCUGCACCCAGGCAGGCUACGACUCACGCAUCGGUGGCGCCGACUAUGCUUCGCCUCAGACCAUGGCCCAGCGGAGCAAGGUGCACGAUUUCACUCGGGCGCUGGCGUAUUUGAGAGGAAAGGAGUCCUGA